UUACACAUAGUUAACCGUUUGUUAUUAACCACUUUGUGAAACUUUGUUAACAUUUGUUGUUAACCGGCUGCGUAGAGCACGAGCGAAAUCGCGACUGACUGACAGCUCCCUGGCGGAGCUGAGACUGUUUAUACGUUUAUAUCCGCGGCUUGUGAAUUCGCGAGAAGUGGCAUUUUUUGACAGUCCAGUCCUUGGACGGAGAAUAAGUUUACGUUUUGUGUCCGCGGUUUGCGCAAAUCUCUCUGCCCCUCUGGCCAUGCGAUGGCGGACCAUCGGAGACGUGUUUUGGAUCUCUACAAACGGCUGCAGUACAUGGGGCGCGAGUAUCCUGGUGGACCAGAGAAGUUUCGUCAGCGCUGUUACAACGCCUUCAAACGGCAGAGCACCGAAAACGAUCCGGCAAAAAUACAGAAGGCUAUCGACCUGGGAGAGUAUGUCGUGAAGGAAAUUGAAGCGCUUUAUAGUGUGCGGAAGUAUCGAGCCAUGAAGCGAAGGUACUACGACGAACCAUGA